AUGAUCUUUAGUGUGCCACAAGUGGUGUUUGCGGCUACCAAGCGUACUGCCAACCAUAUCAACCGCCUCCGCCAACGUGUUACUGUCCUACACCAGGAUACUCAUGUGGAUCGUAUGGCUGCUACAGCCCGAGUUCGUGGAUCGAAAAGCUUCCAACCGGUGCGGUCACGUUCAAGAGAACAUUUUGAUGAAGAGGUCACAAUCGACAGGGAUAGAGAGAUACUAAGGGACAGACUUCGAAUAGGUAAACGUCUUCAUAACGAGCCACUGACAGAAAGCGAAGAACUCGAGCUUGUGUCAUCUUCUGUAGCAGAGAAUCGAAAGAGCAAAGGACCAAUUGAUCCCAACCAAGCUUUCUUGGAUUGUUGUAUGGAUAGACAAUUACCGGAUCCAUGCCUUUCUAAAUGCAAUUUUAGGAUAUAUACCAAAGAUGCGCUUACUGCCAUGUACUUUAAACAUGAUCCUUGUCCUCUGGCAGCUAUGAAGGAAAUGCAAUUUUGCGCCGCUCAAGGAAGGUAA